AUGCCGAUGAGUUCCGUCAUCGCGAUGGCGCCUCAGUGGUGCCGCGGGUACCUCCUCCAGAUCGGCGUCAUGAUUCCAAAAGUCUUCAAAGCCAUCAUGGCUGUGGAUGGUAUCGGGCAGACUGCUAUUCGAGAAACUGGUGUUGCGCAGGGGAAAAGGGCGGAAGCGAACGCGUAUCGCACGGAUGUUCUGUCGCAGUUAUUAGGAAUUAUGAGGGAAAAGGGAGACAGUCUGUCCAUCGAGAAGAUUCAUGUUGAGAUGUGGGCGGCUGUUAUCGCCGGCUCAGACAGUACCUCCGGUGCUCUCCGCGCAAUCUUCUACUUCCUCAUGAAACAUCCCCCAAAGAUGGAGAUACUAACCCAGGAGAUCGACGCUGCCUUUCAAAACAGCACGCUCACUAGUCCUGUACAAUACAACCAAGCCACCAAGCUACCCUACCUCAUGGCCGUCAUCCAAGAGUCGCUAAGACUCUUCCCGCCGUUUGGCGUGCCCAUGCCGCGGUACGUGCCGAACGGUGGUCUGCAUCUCUUCAGUCAUCACAUCCCUGCUGGCUUCAAGAUCGGUAUGAAUGCCAUGGUCACGCAAUUCGACGAAUCCGUCUUUGGCGAAGACGCGUGUGAGUUCCGGCCUGAGCGAUGGCUCGUCGACGACGCACAGUACAGAGCCAUGCAGAAAACUAUGCUGGUGUUUGGCACGGGUGGUGCCGGAGAUACUGAGGAGGUUUACAGUGGAGAUGGCGCAUGGUGGGCCUUGGAAGACGCAUAA